AGCAUCAGCAUCUCCAGUGUUUGGAGCGGGAGAAAAUGGAGCCUGAUUGAAUGUGAGAGCAGGCGGAAGAAAAGCAGAAGCGACGGAGGGAGGGCAGUGAGCAGCACAACUCCGCUGCUGCAGUAGCAGGGCAUCAAUUUUGUAUAAUCGUCGAGUGCAGCAGCAGCGCGUUCGCUCGCCAGCAUCAGAGCUCAGGCUUCCCUGUCUGUGCCAUUGCCUCUGCACCGCGGAGCAUGGAGAGCCGCUCGCGCCUCGCUUGGCCACCGAGUGAUGGAAGGCGAUCCGGGCGGGCUCUGUAGGCAUGUCCGCGUCCGAUUCUAGCGCUGCGCUGCUCAGCUGCAAGAGUUCAGCAGAUUCCUACACAAGUCGACCAUCGGAUUCCGACCUGUCCCUGGAGGAGGACAAGGAGGCGUCUCGGCGUGAGGCCGAGCGCCAGGCACUGCUCCAGCUCGAGAGGGCCAAGACCAAACCUGUGGCAUUUGCAGUAAGAACCAAUGUCAGCUACUGUGGGGCUCUCGAUGAAGACUGUCCGGUUCAGGGUGCUGCCAUCAACUUUGAAACCAAAGAUUUUCUACAUAUAAAGGAGAAGUAUAAUAAUGACUGGUGGAUCGGGAGGCUGGUGAAGGAGGGGGCAGAUAUUGCCUUCAUCCCCAGCCCUGUUAAACUGGAGGCCAUGCGGAUCAAGCAGGAACAGAAAGCAGCUCAGAGGAAAAUGGGCAAUGCGUCAUCUGGGGGCUGGAGAUCCACUCCUCCCUCUGCAGCCAAACAGAAGCAGAAGCAGACUGAACAUGUUCCUCCCUAUGAUGUGGUUCCAUCCAUGAGGCCUGUUGUUCUGGUUGGCCCCUCGUUAAAAGGAUAUGAGGUGACUGAUAUGAUGCAGAAAGCCUUGUUUGACUUCCUGAAACACAGGUUUGAUGGAAGGAUUUCUAUCACCCGGGUGACUGCAGAUCUGUCUCUGGCCAAAAGAUCUGUUCUGAACAAGAAAGCGAUCAUGGAGAGGUCUAACACACGCUCCAGUCUGGCGGAGGUGCAGAGUGAGAUUGAGAGAAUAUUUGAGCUGGCUAAGAGUUUGCAGUUGGUGGUCUUGGAUGCUGACACGAUCAACCAUCCCGCACAACUACUCAAGACUUCCCUCGCCCCCAUCAUCGUCUACGUCAAAGUGUCCUCUCCAAAGGUCCUUCAAAGACUCAUUAAGUCCAGAGGGAAAUCUCAAAGCAAACAUCUCAACGUCCAGAUGAUGGCAGGAGAUAAACUGGCACAGUGUCCACCGGAAAUGUUUGAUGUUAUACUGGAUGAGAAUCAGCUGGAGGAUGCGUGUGAGCACUUGGCUGAAUAUUUAGAUAUAUACUGGCGCGCCACUCAUCUGCCAGGCUCCGCCCCGCUGAACCCGCUGGUGGAGCAGAAUGUGGUCACACCUCCCUCUGCCAACUCCAGCCAACAGUUCUCAGAGACGCAGGAGCUUAUUGAAUGAGCACGACCACAAGUAAUGAGUUGACAAAGAACAUUCCAGUAAAACAAGCCCCAGAAUAAUCCUUGAAGUCCAGCCACUCACUGCCCUAGAACCGUCCGGGGCGCUCAGAGGAGGAGCGAGGGCCAGCGGAGCAGCGGAUCGACAAACCCCAGCCUCCCUGCCCUGCACAAACACGUGUGUCGUCCUUUACACCUCAGGACCACCUUGCUGCAGGCCUUCAGCCAACACAAACACAAACACACACACUCAACUGGUCUGAAUGUCCCUGCUGAGACCCACUCUGAGAUCAUCAGGGGUUUCUCAGGGGGUCCUCAGUGGUGCCGUCAGUCUGCCUGCUUCUGCCAGCCUGACUCAUAUCUCUGGGGUGAGGCUGGCACUGGCAUCAGAUCAUCUAUAUAACCUGCUCUCUUAAAAAAGGGCCACUCACAUCCUCUAACACAACUGCCAGUCUCCACCACCUGCAUCGCUUUUGCUUUGAUUUGAAGCUGUAUUAGUAAAUCAGAGUAUACUUUGUAUGUUGGAGUAUGCACAGUUGAAUACACAAGCUUUCAAAAUCAACGUCAUUUGAUACCCUUACGAAAAUUAACCAUGGUUUUAUUAUAGUAAAAGUAAACUGUAUUUAAUUAAAAACUAAUUCAUUUGAAAUUGUAUAAUGAAAGUAAACCGUUUGAAACUGUAGUUGUGUGAACAAGUCAAAGAUUUACAUUGAAAAAUAAAAGAUUCACUGAAUUGGUAUCACUUUAUUUUGACUGUCCCUUUAACACAUUUUGUUGAUUAUAAGUUACAUUGAAACUAUAUGGCAACUGAUUCUCAUUAGAGUUUUAGGAGACUGCAAAGUAGUUGCAAAGUUUCUUAUAGUCAGUUGAAUGUCUGCUGGUGGAUAAGUGUCAGCAGAUAUUAGGCAAACACUCUAUUAAUACUCUAAUGAGAAUUAGUUAUCAUGUAGAUGCAAUGUAACCAAUAGUCAACAAAAUGUG